AUGGCGGCCCCCCUGAGGCUGCAUGGCGCCCUGGCGCUGGUCACGGGCGGAGGCAGCGGCAUCGGGCGGGCCGUGUGCGCGCGCCUGGCGCGGGAGGGCGCGGCGGUGGCCGUGGCGGACCUCGACGAGGAGGGCGCGGCGCGCACGCUGCGGGCGCUGCCGCCCGGGGAGCACGAGGCCUGGCACGUCGACGUGGGCUGCGCCGGCAGCGUGGCCCAGCUCGCCGCCCGCAUCCAGGCCCGCUUUUCCCGCCCCGCCAACGUCUGCGUCAACUGUGCCGGCAUCACCAUGGACGAGUUCCUGCUCAAGCAGACGGAGGAGGCAUUUGACGCCGUUCUCCGGGUGAACCUCAAGGGGACGUUCCUGGUGACGCAGGCGGUGGCCCGGGCCCUGGUAGAAAGUGGCGCACCAGGGGGCUCCAUCAUCAACCUGGGCAGCGUGGUGGGGAAGGUGGGCAAUUUGGGGCAGGUGAACUAUGCUGCGUCCAAGGCCGGGGUGGAGGCUCUGUCCAAGACCGCGGCCAAGGAGCUGGCCAGAUACCACAUCCGCUGCAACACGGUUCUGCCUGGCUUCAUCCGCUCUCCCAUGACCGACAAGGUGCCCCAGAAAGUUCUCGACAAGUUCGUGGCGAUGGUGCCGCUAGGAAGACUUGGGGAGCCCGAAGAUGUCGCCAACGUUUGCGCCUUCCUGGCCUCGGAUGAGAGCAGCUACAUCACGGGAGCCAGCCUGGAGGUGACAGGGGGCCUCUUCAUCUGACUGGCCCGCUUCUCCACGCCUGGAGCCUCCCAGGACGACACUCCUCGACCGGGCCGUGUGCAAGGAGGGCUUGUGGGUCCCCCCCCCCCGCCCGGGGCCAGGGCGCUGCACUGCGGAUGGUUUCAAAGCCUUGCCCCGAGGCGUUGCGACAGGAAGGAGCCGUUUCUUCUCCGGGAAGGAGCCGUUUCUGCGGUGAGCCAUGCCCAGGUCGGGCCAGCUGCGGCCCGGCCCUCUCCCACCAAGGACCGUGCUAAGAUUUGGCCUCGCGUCGUCGGGCGCAGGGCUCCCUCCCCUCCGUCCGGGGGGCCGGUGCCACUGGUCGACCUCCGCCGAUGAUUCAUCUGCUUCCUCACAGACUGAUCAGCACUUAAUCAUGUUUGAAAUAAAACGCACUCGGUGCCUUGACGGAA